CUGAUAGACGGCACUGACUGGCAUCACUGCUGGGCAUUGACUGGCGGCACUGACUGGCACAACCGCUGGGCACUGACUGGUGGCACUGACUGGCAGCACUGCUGGGCUGCACUGGUGGGUGGCACUGGUGGGCAGCACUGGUGGGUGGGCACAGGUGGGUGGCACUGGUGGGCACAGGUGGGCGGAACUUGCGGGUGGCACUGCUGGGCACCGAUCAUCAGGGCACUGAUCAUCAGUGCCCUGAUGAUCGGUGCCGAUCCUCGCUCUGACAACUGCCGGUUCUCGGCAGUACUUUCCUCACGAUCUGACAGCGUGAGGAAAGUGCAGCCGAGAACCGGCACUUGC